AUUCCGGCCAACACAAAAUACGAUGUGCUUUGGAUGAUGUUGUUGUUGGGAAUGGAGGGAUUGUUGUGUUUAUUUCUUGGCUGUUUGUCGAGAGAAAGUGUUGUUUGAGAAUUUGAAGUUAUUCAUUUAAAAAAUGCCACGACGGAAAAGGAGACAAAAACGCAAAGCUGGUAAAGAUAAAGAUAAAGACAAAGAUAAAGAGGAGGCAAAUUUUGCGGAUGAUGAGAAAGCGGAUUACUUUGGGGACGUAGAUGCAGAGGUGGAUGAGGAUACGAGGGGACCUGACUGCGCACGGUUCAGUGAAGAACUGAAGAAAAAGUUAGCUAAAAGGAGACGACUGAAAGAGUUGAAGAAGGUGUUCAAAGCUUCUAAAAGGUUAGAGGCGAAAGAUCACGGGACCGAUGUUUGGUAUCCGGCAAAAAUCGUAGAAUUUGACGAUUCGGAGAAUGAGGUUCUCAUACACUUUGAGAAUUGGUCGCAAAGGUAUGAUGAAUGGAUCCUCAUUGACAGCCCAAGGCUUAGGCUGCUAGCAGAGGAGCCAGUUCAACCAGUACAAACUAAACCAACGAAACCAUUUAGAGUUGGUGAAAAGGUAAUGGCAACAUGGAGUGACAGCCGCAAGUACCCAGCAGAAAUCAAAGCUAUUGUAUCAAAGGGUGUAUAUAGAGUGCUGUUUUAUGACGGCUUUGUAAAAGAAAUAAAGGGACAUCGAAUAACUAAACUUGCGGAAACCAAUUCUCAGCAGUUACGUGUCAAACAUCAUGCACGUGCCAGUAAUUCUAAAAGUAAGUCGGCACCACAGCGCUCAAAUACUUCCCGGACAAAUCUCGAACCAAAAUACUCAAAAGAGGAGCGUCGUCUUCGGAUGAGGAAGUUAAAUAUUGCCGAGCUUUUCCAAACAAAUAGACGUCGAAGACGCAGAAAAGGAGGUAAUUCUGAUGACACUGAUACCGACAGUGAUGCCCAGAUUCAAUCUAGACAGAAAAGCAGUAAGCUCACUGUGUCUGAUUCUGAAAACAGUGGUUUAGAGUAUAACAGUAAGUCACCAUGGGAGUCAAGAUUACUUGAUAAUGAUUCAGAUACGUGUGAUCGUGUGGAAACUGAACAUAGAAGACAAAGGACAUCCUCGAGCCCUUUUGGGGUCAGUGAUAUUGAAACAAGGUCUAUGACGCGAAGGAUGUCCUCUAGCUCCUUAGGGGAAAGUGACGUCGAAAACAGAGCCAGAACACGAAGAAUGUCUUCGAGUCCCUUUCAACGUGGUAACACCAAAACAAAAAUUAGAAGACAGAGGAUGUCCUCGAGCCCUCUCGGCGCCAGUGAUAUUGAAACAAGGUCAAUGACUCGAAGGAUGUCCUUAAGCUCCUUCGGGGGAAGUGACAUUGAAAAUAAAAUUACGACACGGAGCCCAUUUGUGAGCAGCGAUGACACGAGAACAACACAAAAGACAUCCUCGUGCCACUUGGAGGGGAGUGAUAUUGAGGCUAGAACUGGAAGAGGAAGGACAUCCACUAGCCAAUUAGGUGGAAGUGACGACGAAACUAGAGUUAGGACACGAAGGGCAUCUUUGAGCCCUUGUGGGGGCAGUGACAGGGAAACAAGGUCAAUGACACGGAGGACAUCCUUGAGCCCCUAUGGGGUCAGCGACAGGGAAACUCGGUCUACGACACGAAGAACCUCCUCGAGCCCCUGUGUGGGCAGUGAUGUAGAGACUAUAAUUAAUACACAAAGGAAAUCCUCAAGCCCUACUAGGAGUAGGAGACAGGCACGGACACGGACACGAAAAUGGACAGCCUUGUCCCCUUUGGGUUACCGCGAUGUGGAACCUAGAACUAGAUCUAGGACACAAAGUCCCUUUGGUGAUAGUGACAUUGUACGUAGAGCUAGAUCUGCAAGCCACAUGGAAUCUGAGACCUCAGAGUCUGAUAUUGAUCUAAUGAAGAACUACCGGAAGUGUGUGAGUGAAGGAGAGAUUGACAGUGUGCAAAGUCAACCAGUACCUAAGCGUAGGCGCAGACGAAGAAAGCCGUGGGGGAAAAUUCCGAGAAGGAAGGAAAGAGCUGAAUCCUCUACAGACCUGAGUAGCUGCUCGGACCAUUCUGCUGCUGAGUCAGAAAUAGGACCAACAUUACGGGUGAAAGAUUGGGCUGGCACUACACAGUCUGUGGCCGAAAAGAAUGUAUCAGAUGAAAUAACCAGUGACCUGGUAACAGUCUGUAUCAGAAGUGAGAAACUGCCUCCAGGAUGGUCAAAAUAUGCUGUGCAGAGGAAACCUGGCUAUAAUGACAAGUGGAAUGUAUACUAUGUAAGCCCUGAUGGUCAGAAAUUACUGAAAAAAAUAGAUUUACUCCACUACAAGUCUCAUUUCCCUGUGCCUGAAUAUGAGUUUUCAUUCAGACCAAAGGACCAUAGUGAACUUAUUGAGGAUUUCCGAUUUAGAAGUGUAAAUGAACCGCAAGUCAGAGCCGAGUUGGUAUCAGCGACUCAAGGAACUUCUUUAACUGAGAAAGUGCUGCCAAAGACACUUAAGACUUUACUUCCAAAAAAACAGACAAAUGAAGAGUCCAUGCCAUCUCCAGCUGGUGCUGUUCUGAAUGUCACACCGAAAAGUGUGAAAGGAGCAGAAAAUGCAGAAAAAAUUGUUAAUGGGACAAUGGUUAUUGGCCAUCUCAAAAUCUUCAUAAAAGAUUCACAGUAUUGUUGUCCAGAAACUAAAUGUCAGAAGCGAUAUCGGAAACAGAAAUCUUUUAUGCUGCAUGUCCAGCACAAUCAUCCAGACUGCUACAGAUUAUCUGAUACUCGAAAUACUGAUGGCCCAGCACAUGAUGAAAUUGGAGAAAGCAUAAGUUCUCAAACUACAGCAAAUUUUGAAGUAGCAGCAAAUGAUAAAUUGAACUCUGAAGAGUUGUUAGAGAGAACCACACCCAGGAAAGAGACAUUUGAAAAGAAGGCAACUGGGACAAGAAAUUUUAUGUUCACAAUGAACUUCACUCCCAUUGUGGAAGAGGAGGAAGAACAGGAAGAGGUAGGGAUAAAAGAUAGUAUUGAAAGAAAUAGAAAAGCUCAAAAAGAGUAUCAGAACAGAAAACGGGAGUCAGAGAAAGAUUUUGUAAAGCAAGGACCAUCACAGUUAAGUCUUGAAGAGCUGGCAGAGAUACCUCUUCCAGAGCCAACAGAGCUACCUGAUAGAGAUGCAAAUGAGUUGCCUUGUCAUCAUCAGAAGCUCAUUCAGCAGCCAGAACCUAUUGAGGAACUGGUACAAAAUGUUGAGUUUGAGGGUAACCAGAAAGCACACUUGGAAAAGGAAUCUAGCCAGGACAUUGAGAUGGUGUCUGACCAAGAAAUGGAACUCUCCCAGAACCGAGAUAUGAAAUCUAGCCAGGCGGUGGAACUCUCCCAACAGAAGUCUGGCCAGGAGACAGAACUGUCCCGAGACAUAGAUAUUAAGCCUGACCAGGAGAUGGAACUGUGUCAAAACCGAGUUGUGGAAUAUGAUCAGGAAAUGGAACUUUGUCAACCCCAAGACCUAAAUCCUGGCCAGGAGAUAGGUCUUUGCCAAAGCCAAAAUGUGGAGUCCGAUCAGGAAAUGGAGCUGGGCUCAGAACAUGACUCAGAGUCAGGGCCAGAAUCUGAGCACAACACACUGCAGUUGUGUGAGCUGGAAACUGGCAGAAAGCAUGGCCAUCAGCAGGAGUGUGAAACUGAAGCAAGCUGGGAGCCAGAGCUUGAAGAAGCAGAAGAGUCUGAACCUGAAUCCACAUCUGAGCUGGAGCCAGAGCUAGAUCCAAAUCAUUGUACUGAUUCAUGUACUACUGUGAAUGAUGAGUUUAGUGAAAGCGCUCAAGGGGAUAGUUCACAGGAUGGAGCAAACAGUUCCAGUCCAACAGUGAAAACCCUCCUCCCUAUAAUAAGAUUACAGAAGUUGGAAGAGGACAAGCAGUUGGGUAAUCUGCCAAUUGUUCAAAAAGUGCUGCUGGAGCAGCAGCGGCAACAUAAUGAGGCAGGAGACGACUCGGACGAAGAGACUGGUUGUGAAACAGAAAAGAGGGUGCAACAGACACAUGGUAAAUCAUCACAUCUAAAGAGGUUGUUGGAUUGCAGAUUAGCACACGCGAAGAAAAGGAAACUAGGCAUUAAAUACACGAGGAAAUCCUCUCUGGAAGAAUGCACUAGGCUAAGCAUUAUUGUUGAGAGUGAAGACUCCUUGGAGCCUAAUCCUGAACCAGUUUCUGAACAACACCAGAGAAGCCCAGUUGUCCAUCUCGAGAAAAUAACAUCCUCUGUGGACAGUAAUGAAUCUGGGCUUGAUGAAAGAUCGCAGAUGUCCUCUACGUCGGAUACCCAGCAGAGCAAGGAAUCAAGUGUCCGUGAAGAUAUAAUAAAUUGCUCCUGUGGGUCCCAAGAGGAGCAUGGAUUGAUGGUCCAGUGUGAUAUAUGUCUGUGCUGGCAGCAUGGUUUCUGCAAUAGUAUUCAAGUGGAAUUAGAUGUACCAGAAAAAUAUGUUUGUACAUUUUGCCUCAACCCGCCAUUGGAGAGGCAAGCAAAGAAGUAUAGCCAUUCUCAGGACUGGCUCCUCAGUGGAACAUUAUCAAGAUUAUCAGUAGCCUCCAGUGAUAAACAAGAACAGGAGGAAUAUGCAGAACUGUUAAAGACCUCUCAUGAAUUACUGUCUGCUUUGAUUCGUCUGAAGAAGGCUGUUUGGGCAACUCGCGUAAAAGCUGAAUCAUUGUGCCGUCAGGAUCACCCGAAGAUGUACCAAUGGAAUGAAAAAUGGGAUUGUUAUACUGAAGUUGCAACAGAUGAGGACAAUGAUGCUAAUGAAAAAAGUGAUGAUACAAUAGUUAAUGAAGAUGACAAUGCCAUUGAUGAGAGACCAGUCCUGCUAGUUAAAGAAGAUAAUGAAGAUAUUAUGAUUGAUCCAAAGGAAGAAGGAGAAUAUGAAGGAGGAGAAGACGAAUUAGCAGAAGAUGGAAUAUCAGAAGAUGAAAUAUCAGAAGACGGAAUAUCAGAGGACGGAUUAGGAGAGGACGGAGUAGAAGAGGAAGGAGUAGGAGAGGACGGUGUAGGAGAGGACGGUGUAGAGGAGGAAGGAGUAGGAGAGGACGGAGUAGUAGAGGACGGUGUAGGAGAGGACGGAUUAGGAGAGGACGGUGUAGGAGAGGACAGUGUAGAAGAGGACGACAUAGGAGAGGACGGCGUAGUAGGAGAGGACGGCGUAGUAGGAGAGGACGGCAUAGUAGGAGAGGACGGCGUAGUUGGAGAGGACGGCGUAGUUGGGGAGGACGGCGUAGUUGGAGAGGACGGCGUAGUUGGAGAGGACGGCGUAGUUGGAGAGGACGGCGUAGUUGGAGAGGACGGCGUAGUUGGAGAGGACGGCGUAGUUGGAGAGGACGGCGUAGUUGGAGAGGACAGAGCAGUAGAAGAUGGAGGAGGGGAAAAUACAGAAGGAAAAAAUGGAGUAUUAAAUGAUGUGCUUGCAAGUUUAUCGAGUUGCUCUAGUACCGAGUCAUUGAACAGUCUUCCUCUUGCAUUGAAAACAGUGACAGAUGUACAGGCAGAAGACAAUUGUGGGCGUCAGGAGACUGAUAGAAUUUUGGAAGCAGGCUCAGCAACAGAAUGUAUUGUACCAGAAGACAUAAAUACAGAACAAGAUUCUUUAAUAAGCACGGAUGCCAGUUUUAUGACUGCAGAAAGUAGUUUUCAGGCUCAGGAAUUAAGUUUUCUGAGUCCUGAUGUUCCUACCAUGCAUGCAGGUGCCAAUUCUCUGGUAGCAGUGGAAAAACGUGUCCUUCAUGAAGAUUAUGAGGUCCUCAGCCAGACAGUGCAGGACUUCUUAUCUGAAGAAGAGGAGCCACUUUUGAGUGAUGGCAAGAGUGAAAAUGUGGGACUAAAAAGUCUGUGUGAAACAUGUGGUGAAAAUAAAGAUCUUUCAGAAAAUUGUAGCCAUUCGGCUGAAAAAUGCAAUCCAGACAGGGAAGAAUGUUCAGUGUCAGAAGAUUUGAAACAGGUUGAUAAAGCCAAAACACAUGACAAAAGCUCUGCUGGUCUGAUUAAAAAAACAGAAGAUAAAAAAUGUACUGCCAUCAGUAGUCUUGAUAUGGGCAAUAAUUGCACUCUGCUAGAAACAGAGACUAAAUCUACCUCUGUUAGCAGACCGUUGACAUUGGUAGAACAGAAAAUGGGCACAAGUGUCCAAAUAGGAGUGGAUGAAUGCAGUACAGCUCAGCAAGUACUGAGUAGUGAACGUGGAAUGAGAGUGAGAACAAUAAAAACUGACCCCAAAAUAACUGUACAGUUGGUAGAGAAUGUACCUGGUGUUUCUAUGGAAACAGAAAAAGGAAAAUCUGUUGUGGUGUUGCAGGCAAGAAAUGACAAACCAACAUUGCAGAAUAAAUGGAGUGACAUUGAUGAACCAGUGCAGUCAGAUAGGAAUGAAUCCGAUGCAGCUUUUCAUGUGGGAAGAAGUGAGUGUGCAAAGAAGAAACAUGAUAGUCUUGUGCAUGCAAUGAAAGAUAUACAUGAUGGGACAAUGCAGGUAGUAAGGAAUAAAGCUGGUGUUCAGAUUCGUAAGACCCAACUUAACGUGACUGCGAAAGAAAUAAAGGAGCAGGGUGUUACAAAGUCCGUACCACAGAGAAAAUUUGAAACAACUCAACAGAGUAUAAAGAAUCACAAUGAUGGAACUACAGAUACGCUUCUUAAAGACAAGGCAUCUUGUGAAAACACUUUGUUGAGAGAAGGUUCUCACAAUACGAAAAAAAGUGCUAAUACAGGUUCUGAAUCACAAUGCAGAGAGCAGGAUUCUUACACCAGUAUCAAUACUGACUUGUCUGGAUUGAACAAUGUUCAAACAGAAAUUGUAAAUGAAAAUGUGGAUGAUGCAGGAAAUGACUCACCAGAUUCUUUUGAUCGUAUAUUAAAUGCAUUAAAAACUGGAUCAGAAUCAGUUUCGUGCCAAGAAAAUUUAAGUAGCGAUCCAGAUUUCGAAUCGGAAUUGGCCAUGCUGGAAGAGACAGUUCACAGCAUAGAGUCUGACAGUUGUGGUCCCUCCGGACUGGAGCUAGUGCGGAACAAUAGUAACCCAUUAGGACCUCUUCCACAUCUAGCUUCUCCGAGAGGAAAUAAAGUGUCUGUAAAUAAUUACGGUACUGUACAAUAUGAAGCAGUUAUGGAUAAUGCUAGAGAUGCAAUUGUUUCAAAUAUUUUGAGUCGGACUGAUGAUCAGUGUAUUAAAGAAAUGAACCCAGUGAAUAUAAAUGCAGCUCCCGUAAUCUUUGAGGAUUUGGUUUUACGAGACGUAGAGCCUGUCCAUGACAGAGUAAAAUCGUCUGAAACGUCCGACUUGCAGCUGCCAAUGGAUGCUGCUCAGAUACUGCAGUUGGCAGAUAGCAUGGAAGAGAGCCUCUGCAGUUCAGAUUCAGAACGUCAUCAGCAUGUCCCAGCGACAGGACCACAACCUGAGGCACUAAUUGAAACAGACGUGUGUCGUAAAAAUCUUGCAUAUCACAUUGCUGAGGAGCACAAAAAACUUAUGCAAGUGCUUGAUGCUGCUGAAGAGCAAGUGAAAGACCUAGAAUCUAAAUGUAUGGAUGAAAGUGAGAAGAUGAAACCUACAGAUAUUCAACGGCGUAUGAAGAAAAUUAUAAAAAUACUUAAUCUUGUUAAUGGUCUGACGAAACAAGACAGUGUGCAGUCAACAAAAAAUAUCUCAGACUCUAAAUAACAUUUUAUUUUAAAUAACAUUCUUGAGUUAGGAAUGAUUAUUCAUAUGCUCAGGGACCUGCAGAACAUAUUUCAUGAUUCUGCCUUAUUGUACAUUCUGUAAUUUCGUACCAUACUAUAGGAUAUUCAUUUUUGUAAAUACAUUAAACUUACCUUUAUUUAUUUUGUUAUAUUUUAAUUUCAUUUGUGAAUUAAUAUAUAUUAUUGUUUUUCCUCUGUAGAAGAUUAGAUUUCCAAAUAGUUGGGAGAAAAUACUUUAAUGAAGAAUGAUACCAAAUUUGUGUUACUUAUACUUUCAGUGCAAUGACUACAGUGUUAUUUUGGUAGACAAUGAGUGUUCUAAGUGUAAAUGUAAAUCUGUAUUUUCAGCUGAAAAUUAGCUUGCUUGAUACAUGUUAGACUACAUUAGCAAACCAUUAAACCUUGACUGAAA